AUGAAGACGAGCUCUCCCCUCCUCCGUGUGCUGAUUGCGGUUGUGACAGCUGUUACAGUUGCUGAGAGCCAGAAAGUGUCUGAUGAUAAGGCAGCAGCCGCCUCUCCGGUUCCAGUUUACCCCAACGUUAACUUCCAGGUCCUCAAUGUGGACCACGUAUUUUUGAGACAGGACAGUAGAGAGCAGUUGGGGAACUCCAGCCUGAAGCCCCAGACUCAGACUUUUCUCAUCACUGGACCUGGCGGCGGGCUCCUCCAGCCGGUAGUCAAUGCCUCGUAUGGCCCCCUGACCGUGGACGCUCCUAUUCCUCCAGAUCUUCUCCUCAGUGGGCGCAAGAUCCUGCCCGUCAUUUUGACGCGCCAGGUUCGUUCCUCAUCCCCCGUAGUCAAGAUUCUGUUCCACAUGCCCACGGGCAACAACAUCACCCUCACGCAACAAACGGUGUUGUCUAAAGACGACACUGGAAGGAAAACUGACGAGGCGAAGGUCAAGGAUGGAGCUCACUGUGUGACGGCUUACGCCUUUUGGGAGACGAGGGAAAUCCGCGGAGCUUGCUUGGUGUCUCCCGGUGGAUUCUGCGUCGCGCAGUUGAAGCUGGAGCCCACUUGGUUCAGCUCAGCCAGCAGAUCGGGAAGCUCCAGCAGGGAAACGGAAAGAAGUGAAGGAACUAAAGUGAUUCAAGGGAACGUCGUAGAGGUUUACUUCCAGAGUCGGCGGGACCAGAGCGGCCAGUGCGCCCCGCAGGAUAGCCUGCAGCGAGUGGGAGUGGGGAGAAGGAGAGACUCUGGGGGAUCCGGGACACCAAUGAGACGAAUUGGAAGUGUCAGUCUCCUCAGGGCUCCACCCGGAAACCCCACUUUUCUUCGACUCAGGCUCGGAGGCGCUGUGGUGAUUCAGACGUCUUCGAAACCCCUGAAGACCACAGACGUAGCGACAUUCUACGUCUUUCUUGCGAGCACAUCUACCAUGGAAAGCUUCACGCUCAGGGCGACUGUUAAAGCGGGCCUGUCCUUCAGUGUAGCUCGGCCCAGUGACUCCGCUCUGUGGGACAUCGCCGUCGAGCCGGGCAGAGGCGCAAAUCCCAGCACCGUCUCCGUCACGUGCCAAAAGAAGGUGGCCGUCACAGCUAAGAGGGGUCUCCUGGAGGUUUUACAACUCGACUUUGUACCAAAAGACGUUUCUGACCAGGUUGAGAGCCAGAGCAUCUCCUGGCGUCUGGAAUUACCAGGAAAUGUGAAGGAUGUGGGCCUGAUGCGGAUCUACACUACCCAAAGGGACUACGUGGGUCUGGCCCCUCUGGUGAUGACCACAGACAUCCUGAACACUGCCGUGCUGACGGGGAAAACUGUUUCCGUGCAAGUGAAAACUCUGGCUGUUGAGGCCAACGGCUCGGUCACCGAUGUGACAAACUACACCAGCUGCAGGUCCACGCAGGAGGAUGUACUUAAGCUGUCGGAGCGUUGCGACUCCGUCUACGUGAACGGGAAAGAGACGAGAGGGAGGCUCGGCGUGUUGCUCAACUUUACGUACGGCUUCCUGAGCGCCCAGCUCGAGAUGAGCGUGUGGACGCCCCGCGUGCCCUUGCUCAUCGACGUGGCCGACCCCGAGCUCAGCCAGAUAAAAGGCUGGAGAGUUCCCGUCACCACUGGCAACAGGAGGUCCACGUGGGACAGUGAGGAAGAGGAGGAGAUGAGGAAAGGCAGAGGAUGCAUGCUGCAAUACCAGCACUCAACACUGAGGGUGCUCACACCUUUUGUAGCCCAGCCGGGUGCCGAUGUGCUGCCAGACCCGCUGACGGGGGAAGAGCCUGUUGAGUACUUCCUUGGUUCUGAUUGGCAGGUGGAUGUGACCAAUCUGGUGCGGUAUUCCCUGAAAACGGUGGAUCCUGAUGUAGCCAGAGUGCAGGAUGGGGUGGUGCUGCAGGGACGAGCCGUUGGCACGACCGCUGUACAGGUCCUGUCCCCUCUGACGGCGUCCGUCCUCGCUGAGCGGAGCGUCCGGGUGGUGGAUGACAAAGUGAGUGUGACGGAGUUGGGGGUGCAGCUGGUCUCUGGACUCUCCCUGUCCCUGCAAGUCAGCCCCGGGAGCAACAGGGCCACGGUUGCCACGGGAACCCCACGAGAGACGAUCACACAGCUCAAACAGGAGGCAGUAAUCAGCUGCUGGGUUCAGUUCAGCGACGGGGCAGUUGUUCCCCUCGAGCUGUUCGACCGCAGCAUCUACUCUCUGACGGUCUCCACCCCAGACGAGGGCGUGGCCACAGUGCGCCGCACCCCUCAGUCCACGUUCGUGGUCGCGCAAGGUGAAAGCGACGGCCAGGGGGCGCUGGUGAGGGUGGAGCUGAGGAUCUGUGAGGAGUGCCAGAAGUCAAAGAGGAAGAGCAAGUUGGCUGUGGGCUCGGGACUCCUGAAGAUCAACUUAGCCAGCAGUAGCAGGGCUGCAGCAGGACAAGCAGCGGGUAAUAAAGAUUUGGAUGGCGGGGCAUCAGAACUGGUAGGACAGCUUAAAACAACAAUGACGUCUCAGAGUGUUGUCACAAAUAUGGACAAAAGGUUAUCACGAAGCAAAGCGGCAAAAGAGAGAGAGUCCACACAGAUGGAAACUACCACUUCUAACAUGCAGCCACAUGUUCUGUGGAUUGGAACAACAAGAAAAGCUUCAAAAGGUACCAGCACGACAACGGCCUCCACUCCAGCUGUGAUAUCAAACACACAGCAGAGCACAGCUAUGUCUGCAGCAACCACAGUCGCCAUUGAAAGCAAAGGAGAAGGACAGAAAAGGACUUUUGGAAACAUGCUUGACAACAAUAAUUCACCUCCCAACAAAGAAAUUGCUAAAGCAGAGAUAACACCCAAGAAGGAGCCUCCAAAGUCUAAAACCCCAAAAGUCAUAGAAAGUGACCUCAUCAGGACAUUCAAAGCUUUGUCGGACUUGGAAAUUGGCAUGUACGCCUUGGUCGGGGUCUCCUGUGUCGCUAUCUUUGCUUUUCUACUCAACUGCGUUUCGUAUAAUCUCUGUUUCCGGAAUCAGAAGACCCCCAUACAGCCAGGCCCCCCACCCGCCGCAGACCCCAAGGACCACAAGCAUGACUGGGUGUGGCUGGGAGGCGGCAACCACGGCGUCCCGCCGCCAGGCGCCCCGCCUCAAGUGUCCACAUUAAAACGUGAGCCUCACCGCCCUCUGGAACCCCGUCACUCCAUAGAUUCAAUGGGACACCGCGGCCUGGAGACCCCCCUGCCCACAGUCAGCGCCCCCGCCGUCCCGGAGAGGACCGCCACCCUGGGCCGCAGCAGGACCAGCUCCCAGCAGCAGUUUCAAACCAAGGCCAUCGACCCUCUGGCGAACCGCUCGGCCACGCUGCUGGCCCGGCCGCACCGCAGCGAGCCCCUCCACUCUCCCACCAGCAAGAGGAACCAGGUCCAGUUCACCACUUUCACCACGCUGGACAUCAAGCACCUGGCGGCGCUCAAGAAGAACGGCGUGGACUUAAACUGGGCCAGUCAGCAGAAGCAGCAGCAGCAGCAGCAGCAGCUCCCCUCCGAGCCCCAGACGCCGCUGCCUGACAUGCCGUGGCCUGUGGUCAAACCUCUCGGAGAGCCCCAGUGA